AACCCUGCCUCCGUUUCUUGCUCACAUGUAGCCUUCAUUAACGGAGCGUUAGAUCACUUCGGUCCACUGUAGAUUAAGUUCUGAAAUAAUAAAAACAAUGCCCACGCAAAGUGUACCAAUCCGAGACCCGAUUUUACUCAGCAGGUUAUUACAGCAGUAUUUACACUUGUUGAAGAAAUAUCCGAUCAUCACCAAAUCUGUUACAAGUGCCGUUCUGUCUGCAUUGGGAAACCUGCUUUCUCAAGCUCUAGAGUCUAAGAAAAAGCUGAAAGAAGGUCAAUCCAGGAAAGAGCUGGACGUUUAUGGACCCAUCCGCUUUGCAGUAUACGGGCUUGUCAUUACAGGUCCACUGAGUCAUUACUUCUACCAGUUGCUGGAGCUGCUGUUCCCAGCUUCGGCUCCGUUCUCCAUACUGAAACGCCUCCUCCUGGAGCGACUCGUCUUCGCCCCCGCUUUCCUUUUCCUCUUCUUUGUGGUGAUGAACACUUUGGAGGGGAAGACAAACGCAGAUCUGCAGGAUAAGCUGAAAGCGAGAUAUUGGCCUGCUCUCAAGAUGAACUGGAAAGUCUGGACGCCAUUUCAGUUUAUCAAUAUCAACUACGUGCCUGUGCAGUUUCGGGUGCUGUUUGCCAACCUGAUCGCCUUGUUCUGGAACGCCUACCUCACAUCUGUCAGGAAAUGAAAUCCCAACUUUUAUGUUAAAGCAGGGUUACAUAGGUCAGUACCAAUAACGCCAGUGUGUGCCUUUUAAAAGACGCUGUACUAGAUCAAUUCCACGUUGGAUAUCACGAGGAGGAACUAUGGCUUCUUCAAAAGAUCCACUUGAUGAGAGACCGUAACACACACUCACAUUGAUGAAGUUUAUUUCAAAACGAUUCCAUUGGCUGAGGUGCAAAAAUGAUGGAAAAAAAGUAGAUGAAUUGAUUUUAAUACACAUUUCUGAUGCACUUCACAGCAAACAGUGGUUUAGUGAAACAAGAUCAUGGUGGAUUUUGACACUAACGACGAUGAUGAUGAUGAUGAUGAUGAUAAUAAUAAUAAUAAUAAUAAUAAUAAUAAAAUAAUGAUGCCACUUUG